CACCACACACAUCCCUUCCUUCCUCUUUCGCUUGCUUUGCGUUUUAUUUCGAUAUUCUCUUGACCUGUCGUUCUUGUUGGUUAGCGCUGAAAAGGCACCGAAAGCCUGCAUCUUAUAUGUGACGUGUUAUGACCUAGGCGAUAAAAAAACCACAUGGUUUCCCGUCCCCCCCAUUUCCGCCUUGCCACCACGCCCAAUCGCAACAGUUUCAGAGCCUGCAGCCCUGAGCUUUACUGUCCCGGGAGAUGGCGCCGUCGCCAAAAAAACUCGGCCCAAAACCCAGCAGACACACACACACACACACCAUGGGCGCUUCGCUGGGGCACCGACCAACACUGUGUGUGA